AUGUCACUAGAUUCAGUUAAUGAUGAAAUAGAAGUCAUAGCGAGCGACGAAGUCCUUGGAUCAAGCGCAACAAACGACAAUUUUAAAGAAUUCGAGGAACUCGAGGAAGAUGAUUGGACUUCGAGUCAAAAUGAGCCGUCAACGAGCAUCUCGGCGAAAUACGUGCGCGAGGAGCCGGAAAAAUCUGUAGAUUUUAAACGAGUCAAAAAACGAGGUAAUAAUAGGCCAAAAACGAUUUCGACGUGCGAAAUUUGCGGAAUCGUUCUAAAAUAUCCAUCGAAAAUUCGGGAACACAUGAGAACUCAUACCGGUGAGAAGCCAUUCCGUUGCGAUAUUUGCGGCCUUUGUUUUUCACAACGAUCUCCAAUGAUAAAUCAUUUUCGCAAACAUAUGGGUGAUUUUCCAUAUCAAUGCAGUUUCGGGUGCGGUAAACGGUUUGUAAAUAAUGCGAGAAAGAAUGCACACGAGUUGCGCCACAUCGGCCUGACGCGCCAGGGACCCCCUAGGCCACAUCUAAAGCCGCCGAGGCGACUAAUUUGCCCAAAUUUGGUGCCGGAUGAGCCGCGUGAUCCCAAUCUUCCAAAUUCCGCCGUAGCUAAUUUUGAAGAUAUUGUAAUUACCGACGAAUUAGAGAGACAGGAGGCUGAAAGCAUUUCAUCGAAAAAACCGGAGAAUUCGGAGACAAAACGGGACAGAUUGGUGGAAACAAAUAAAAGAAUCGAUGAGGUUAUCGACUCGGUUCUUUCGAAAUGCUUAUUGACGGCGCCAAGCGUUGAUGAGAAGAAGCAUGAAAUGUUGAAGCGACCCUAUCUCGCUCGUCGUCCCACUACCAUCGCCCAAUGCAAGAUCUGCGGAAUAAUGAUUAAACAUCCAAGUAAAAUUCAAGCCCAUGUGCGAACGCAUACUGGCGAAAAGCCGUAUCAAUGCGGCGAAUGCGGGCUUUUCUUGACGAAAUCGACGUCGCUAAAGAUUCACAUCAGAAGGAAGCACACAUUGGAAAAGCCGUUUGAAUGCGAAUGGGAAUGCGGAAUGAGUUUUGUUUCGGAAGCGUGUCGAAAUGAGCACCAAAAAAUUGUGCAUUCGGGUUAUAAGCGCUAUGAAUGCCUUCUAGAUGGAUGCCGCGAGACAUUUUCCCGACGAUCUUAUUUGAUGAGACACCGCGCCAACGUGCAUGGUGAGGUGUUCACGCAGAUUUUCGAUCCUGAAGAGGUUGCCGAGCAAGAGGCGGCCGAUCUGGUCGGCGAGCAAAUGCCGCCGAGUAUUAUAAUGCUUGAGAAUGAUGGAAAACCGGCAUUCGGGGAGCUCAUGGAAAUCCUUCAACCCAACGACGAGUACGACGAGGAAGAAUUUGUGGAAGCCGAGAAUUUAAAUUAUUCUGCAUUGGACCCGAAAUAA